UCCGGACGUGACAUCAGCCGCGCAUCACCUCUCCCUCCUCCUUGGCAGCUCACUUACUUUAUAUUUGCAGGUAUCGGGGUCGACACGAACAAUCCCUGGUCGCACAUUUGAGCCAGGAGAAAUAAUGUGGCUGUUCGUGUUGACCAGCUUACUUCACUGCGCCUCCGCCUACGAUGUGGAUCUGAAGAAACUGGACGGUCUCGCCAAAGCGAAGGUGGAGACAUGCGGUGGAUGACAGCUGAACAGGCUGAGAGAGGUCAAAGCCUUUGUGACCCAGGAUAUUCCUCUCUACCAUAACCUGGUGAUGAAGCACAUACCUGGGGCCGACCCUGAGCUUGUCCUCCUGAACCAUUAUUACGAAGAGCUGGAUCGGAUAGCUUUGUCAGACAUGACCCGCUCUGAGAUCAACGAGCUGCUGAAGAGGCUGGGCUUCUACAAGAAGGAUCAGCCUGAGGACGAGGUGCCGGAGGAGUUUCGCUUCUCCCCUGCCAAAGACAGCCCAUUCAAGGAUACGCCAGAGUCCCAGUCAUCCUCGUCCUCCUCAUCCUCCCGUCCUGCAGAAAGCACCUCCUCAGAGCCCAGUUCAGAGGCCAAGCACUCCGACCUUUAACUCUCCGCUAUGACAGAGAGAAGUAGAAAUAACACAAAACCACUCUGCUUCAUAGCUGCUCCAUGACCAGUUGGUUAGUCCACCUCAUGGCAGAAAUGUUUGUUUCAAAAUAAGGCCAGCAGAUCAUGGAUCAGCCGUUGGAGAGGCACAGAGCCUUAGCAUCAGCAAAAGGCCUCUGAGGGUCAACACUGAAUUUGCACAUACAUUUGUACUGCUGAUUGUCCAUUUUGUUUUUGCAAAGCUUAUCAUCAGGCCACUUGAUGAGUGCUUUUGUAUUAUGCUACUUGCAGGACUGUGAGUGCAUGUGUGUUCUUUUUUUUUUUUUUUUUUUAAAUUCCAUCAUGUGUCAGGUAUCUUCAGAUUCCUUUCCUCACUUCAGUUCUCUUGUAUGUUUGAUUUUCUACCCACUGUGAAACUUAAUGAAACUCCAGGCUGUAAAUCGUCUGACCGGCCUGGGGUUGAUGCUCCAUAUUCUGGUGGGUGAGGCUCAUGCAGACAAGAAGCUUCAAGUAGGAGGGUUGUAAAAGAAUA